AUGCCCAUCCCCAUCUCAUCAACGGGCCAGUCGUACCCGACGGUGCUCGACUACCGCAUCGUCCAGCUCAUCGGCGGAGGCGGCUUCUCCAAGGUCUUCCGCGCCGUCAACCCGCGCUCCAAGUCGCACCCCGUCGCCGCCAUUAAAGUCAUCUCGUACGCACCCGGCCGCUCCAACAAGAUCCCCAUCGACCGCAGAGCGCUCCAGAAAGAGGUGCAGGUCCACUCAAUCCUCAAGCACGCCAACGUCCUCGAGUUCCUCGGAGCAGUCGAGAGGGGCCUCGCCAAAAACGGACAGGGCGCCACCGAAAAGGGCAUCCUCAUGGGCGACGCCGUCGCCACCACCCAGGAGAGCAAGCAGGCCAUGGACAAGGAGAGGGAGCGCAAGCAGAACGGCGAAGUCAGGGAGGAAAACUACGUCCCCGGCCUCUACAUGGUCCUCGAGCUCGGCGCCGGCGGCGACCUCUUUGACAAGAUCGCCCCGGACUACGGCGUCGAGGAGGAUCUGGCCCACUUCUACUUCCUCCAGCUCAUGGCAGGGCUCGAGUACAUCCAUUCCCAAGGCGUCGCGCAUCGUGACAUCAAGCCGGAAAACAUGCUGCUGGACGCAGAGGGCAACCUCAAGAUUGCCGACUUUGGUCUGUGCAGCGUCUACAAGUACAAGGGCAAGGAGAGGGAGAUGAACGGAGCGUGCGGCAGUCUGCCCUACAUCGCGCCCGAGAUGAACGGCAAGCCAUACAAGGGAGAGCCAGUCGACGUAUGGUCGUCGGGCGUCGUCCUGUUUGCGCUCCUGGUGGGCAGCACGCCGUGGGACGAGCCGACGUCGCGCUCGCCCGAGUACUGCGCCUACCGCUCCGGCGAGCUGUUCCAGUACGACCCGUGGACGCGCAUCCCAGCCGACGCGCUAUCGCUGCUCAAGAAGAUGAUGAACCCGUAUCCGGAGAAGCGUAUCAGCUUUGAGCGGAUCAAGCGCCACCGCUGGUACAUGCGGCGCAACGACCUGAUCACGCAAAAGGGCCGCUGCAACGACCCCGUCAACCUGGCCGAGAAGCUGCUCCAGGGCCUCGCCGUCUCGGGCGACAUCAGCAUCGACAUCACUGGCGGCGUCGGCGUCGGCGGCGCUAUGAUCGCCCGCGUCGACCUCCAUACCGACGGCAAGCGCGCCGAGAUUCCGGAGAACGUGUCGCUGACGCAGCCCGAGGCGAUCCAGAAGUCGUCGCUGGGCUUCGGCGCGGGUGGGGCGAGGGACGCGCCGCUGCAGCUGCCGUCGUCGACGGCUCUGCCCUCGCUGGCCGGCGGCGGUGGCGACGAUGCCGGAAGGAGGCUCGCAAUGAGCCAGCAGAUCUCAAAUCGCAGGCUCGAGUUCCCGGGCUCGACGGGCCAGCCGGGCAGCUCGGGAGGGGUGCCCGAGGCGAGCCAGUUCACGCAGGCGCUCAACCACUUUACCCAAUUCGACUCGCUGGCGACGGGCGGCACGCACGCGCGCUUCUCGCCGCACCUGACGCGCUUCUUUUCGACGGCGGACGCGGCGACGAUUACGACGCUGGUGGCCGAGAUGCUCGACAUGCUGGCGGUGCAGAAGAGCGUGGAGCCGAUGGGCGAGGCCGAGGAGAUCGAGGAGGCCUACACGUUCAUGGUGCACGGCGACACGGGCGACGUCAGGAUGAAGGAAUCGGGCGGCGGGGACAAGGACAAGGCGCGGGCGGCUUCGCCGGGCAGCGCUGCCGUCGGCGGCAAGGUCAAGAUCGGCACGCGUGGAGCACGGAUCCGACUGGGGACUAUGGACAAGCGCAAGUGCCCGCUGCGGGGCGACGUGAGGAUCGAGGUGCUGGGCGGCGGCGGCGGCGGCGGAAGCGGUGAGCGCCACGAGGACGGUGGAGCGAGCCGGACGGCGCAGUGCCUGGUGAUUAUGAGGCGGAGCAAGGGCGAUCCGCUCGAGUGGCGUCGGCUCUUCCGCGAGAUCUGCAAGCAGCCCGCCAUCCGCGAGACGAUUGUCUCGACGUGA